AUUGAAAUCAAUUUGUAUUGUUGAUAAUACAUAUUAUUAUUAUGGAGACUUGUAAUAAAAAUUCAAAAUAAUCACUUCGAUGAUAUAAUAGUUUAAUGUUGACAUUCGAGUACCGAAUGUUGUAUACGUUGAAGAGUUUUGAAGAACAAUGUAAUGAUACAAUGAUUUUCAAUUGAUAUAUCUUGUAACCAUUAACAUUUUGACUUUCAAUUAUGGCCUCAAAGCUUACUCCAAAAGUAAAAAAGACAAAGAAACAAAAAUUAAAAAAAAACGAUAAAAACGAUGUAGUUGUCCACGAAAAAGAUUGGUUUAUGCGAUUUGAUGCACCUUUGAAAAUUAUUUUAACUGCAAGGUUUUUUGCUGCGUUCCUCGUUCAUAUUUCAGACUGUGAUGAAACAUUUAACUACUGGGAACCGACUCAUUAUUUUGUUUUCAACAGUGGUUUUCAAACCUGGGAAUAUGCGCCUCCUUAUGCACUUCGAUCAUAUUUAUACAUACUUAUUCAUGCAGUCCCUGUAUACCUUUACAAAGCCUUGUUUAAUACAAGAAAAAUCAUGUUGUUUUAUUUAAUACGCUGUGUACUUGCAUUAUUGAGUUCUCUAUGUGAACUAUACUUUUACAAAGCUAUAUCAAAAAAAAUUUCAUCCACUGUUAGCAAUUAUUACUUAUUCAUAACAGUUUUUAGCCCUGGAAUGUUCAUUGCCUCUACUGCAUAUUUGCCUUCAAGUUUUUCUAUGUACAUGACUUUCUUAAUUAUUGGUGCAUGGUUAAAUAAAAAUUAUGAAUUGGCAAUUUUUACAACUGCACUGUCGACAUUUUUAAGUUGGCCUUUUUCAUGUCUAAUUGGAUUACCACUUGCAUGUGAUAUCAUUUUCAGAAACAAAAAGUAUGUGUUAUUCAUUAAAUGGUGUUUAAUAUCAUUAGGAUCUAUUUUAGUUUAUCAAGUCGCUACAGAUUCAUAUUUUUAUGGAAAACUUGUAAUAGCUCCUUUUAAUAUUGUUUUUUAUAAUAUAUUCACGAGUCAUGGUCCUGAUUUGUAUGGUACUGAACAUUGGAGCUUUUAUAUACUUAAUGGUAUUCUUAAUUUCAAUGUUGUAUUUAUACUAUCACUUAUGGCUCCUAUUGCUAUUCUGUUGAAAAAGAUUCUUACAAAACUUGGGAUCAGAUUUUCUAAACAAAGCAAUAUUAAUAAUAAUUUAAUAUGGAUAUUGUAUUUAUCACCAUUAUAUUUAUGGAUUUUUGUAUUUAUAUUACAACCACAUAAGGAAGAAAGAUUUUUAUUUCCUGUUUAUCCAUUAAUACAAUUGGCAUCUUCUAUAUUAUUAGAAUUUAUUAAAGAUAUGAAUUUACAUUCAAGUGUUAUUCACCGUUUUAAUUUUCUAAAGCUGUAUAACAAGUUGGUUGAUAAUGUUUAUAUACCUUUUCUCUUUGUAUUUUUAUUAAUGGGAUUGUCACGAAGCACUCUUUUAGUUAAAGCAUAUCAUGCACCUAUUGAUACAUAUACACAAUUGAGUAAUGAUUAUCUUACACUACCUGAAUCAGAUGUAAUAAAUGUUUGUGUUGGCAAAGAAUGGCAUAGAUAUCCUUCAUCAUUUUUUUUACCAAAUGAUAGAUGGAAAAUGCAUUUUAUUAGAUCAGAAUUCCGAGGACUUUUACCUGGUCGUUUUAGUCAAGAAUCUUUGCACAAAGUUAUUGAAAAUUAUAAUGAUCAAAAUAAAGAAGAGUUAGAUAAAUAUAGUGAUAUUAGACUAUGUCAUUUCCUAAUAGAUCUGAAUAACAAUCAAAGUUCAGAAUUGGAACCUAAUUAUUCUGAAAAUAAUUUGCAAUGGACUAUUUGGAAAUCCAUACCAUUUUUAGAUAGUAAAAAAACACCAACUUUAUACAGGACAUUUUAUUUUCCAUUUUUCUGGGAAGAAAAUGUUAAGUUUUCUUCUUAUAAUCUUCUUAUGCGAAAUGAUUUUAAUAAAAUGAAUACUAAACCACAGGCAGAGAAUGGUUCACCAAUAAACUACGGGUUUUAGACAAGUGUCAAUGAGGUUAUUGUACUAUUGUUUAAUUAUCUAUUUGAAGUCUUAGCAUUAAAAGGUUUCAUGUGAUACAUACCAUAUUUAUAUCUCUGUACACCAACACAGUUAUUGAUAAGUACACUGCCAAACAAUAUUCUAUAGGUUAUAGUUUUAGUUUUUUAUAUGUUAUAUUGCUGAAUCUUAGUAACUUUGAUUAGCAAUUUUUUACAAGUGUACAUAAAGAUUACCAUUAUCAGAAUAAAUCGGUAUAGCCAUAAAUUAUGAUUAAGGACCGGAUUUAUAUUCUUUUAAAACAUCUAAAAUAUGAUACUAAUAGUUUUUAAAAAAAAACCUUCAAAUGUUCUCAUUAUAUUCUCUUAAAAAUUUAAAAAUUAUGCCAAAAUAAUCAAUAAAUAUCAAUAUAACAUGCAAAUUUUUUUAUUUAUUUUUUUUUAUAAUAUUCCUUUGAUUAAUUAGUGAAGUAUUAUACUUGCGUAUUUUAAACGAAAUAAUAUUGGACUAUGUAAGAGGGAUAAAUCCCUUCUAAGUACUAAGAAUUUAAUAUAUUAUAACAAUAAAAACAUUAUUCCUUUGGUAUAUUUUAAUUAAAAUUUGUAAUGAACACUUAAGUCACAGUAUAAAAAAAUCACAAUUAAUAGUACUAUACACCUAUUAAUUAAAACAUAUUAAAAUAAAACAAAUUAUUUAAUAAUAGAUAUUUUUUAAACAAUAAUUAUUUAACUGUUGCUUACACUUACAUAAUUGAAUUGCAUUAAAGUAACUUAAAUUGUAAUUUAUAUUAAAAAAUAAAAAAUAUUCUUUUUUAUCAAAAUGAUAAAAAAUAUUUUCAAAUAUGCAUAAAAAACGUUAUUCUACGAACUCAGAAUUGAACAAAUUGUCCACAUUUUUCACUCUCACAAACUUUAUAUGUAGAAACAUAUAAAUCCGAUCUUUAAUUAUAAUAAACAAAUUUCAUUGUUUUAUUUUUAAAAAGAUUUCUUACUCAAAUCUGUUAUUUUUGUCUUACAAGUGUAUAACAUAACAAAUUAAUGCUUUGAAGUUCUCAUUCAGCUUUGUUAAAUUGUAUUAUAAUAUUAAAUUGUACCUAUUAUUAAAUCAUAAUAUCAAAACUUAAGUUAAAAACUAUUAGCUAAAGGGGAACCAGGUGUGUACAUGGUGGUAGGGAUUAGGGUUUUACUCCCCCUCCCAAAAUUUAGAUUUUGUAUUAUAAAAAUACAUAUUUUUAUAGGUAUUACUUAAAAAUUAAUAUUUAAAUAUACUGAUGUUUUAAAUAGUCCCAUAAUUGAAAUUUUAUAAACUUUUUGCUAAGUUAGAUUAUAUAGGUAUGAAAAUGUAUAACCUAAACCCAUCCUCUCUCACCAAAAUAUUUUUUUUUGUGUGCUCGCUUGAUGAGAACUUCUGAACGUAAGUUAAUUAUGCUAUUGGGUAAGAUGUCUUUUUAAGUGCUGGUUUCUAUAAGUAGGAAAUUUACGUCUAUCAUUUACCAAAUAUAUGAUUUUAAAUUAAAAAUGACAUAACCAAACUUCUUUUUAUAAUUCUAUAGCUUAUAAUUGUUGUAUCUUUUUUAAAUUAGUGGUAAUUUAAAGGUAUUUGUAAAUUAAUAAAAUUAAUUAUUAAUAUAUUUUCUCCUUUAUAAAUUUAGGUGUCCAAUCAGACAACUAUCAUAUUAUUACACUUUCUUGAUAGAUAAAAUAAAAAUUAUAUUCUCGACAUUUUUUCAGCUUUAUUAUCUUUAGCAAAGUUUAAAAUUAUAAUACUAUUUGGACAUGAAAACUGGCUUAUUUUAUAUUUAAAGAUAAAAUAUUAAUUACAAUUUUAAUAAUUGUAAAAAAAAUGAUCUCAUAAUUUAUUAUGUUUUUAAAUUUAUUUAAUUAUUAAGCAAUCAUAAUUGUAUUCAUCUUAAAAUUAUAAAAUAUAUAAACUAUACUGAAAUAUUAAUUUUACAUUUAGCAUUAAUACAGGUUUAAUUUAUGCUUUUGUAUACUCAGUUUAAACUAAAUAAAUUUGUAAUUUGGUCGACAUUUGAUUGUUUUUUAGUUCUUUAGAUCUAAUAAGUUACAAUUAAAUUUGUUUUUAAUUUGAUGACAUUUAACUUGGAAUUAUUUAUUUUAAUUUAUACAUCGAAAUUUACACAUAAAUGUGAAGUUAGUAUUGUUAUAAAUAGUUUAACUACUUUAACUAACCUACUUAGUACUUAGUAAUAUUUAUAUAUAUAUUAUUAUUCUAUUAUUGAAAUAAAAAAAUAAAUAAAUUAUUGUUUAUAAAUA